GCCCGGCGCAGCUCUCGCACUGCGGUUGGCUUGCCACGUGGUGCAGUCCUACUCAGGUGUUGCACGUUCUUGCUCGAUCGAGUCGAUCGACGACGUUCACAUGGUCCACCCUCUACCUACUUGAGUACCCAUCCAAACUGAACUGCAUGCUGUGGCCGAAAGUGCUCUCGACGUCUCCAGCUUGGCAGACGGUGAUUCCUCCGGAGGGAAAACAGUACCAAACUAACUUGUCUAGUAGUCGGAGUGGCCAGUACGUUGCUUUCUUUCUUCCCGGAAGCCACCUAGCCUGUCACGCGUAAAAGGAUUAUUCGACGGGAGCUUCCUCUGUGUGUGUAGUGUCCAGUUCAAGAAGUGUCGCCACGUGCUGCUGUCUGAAAUAACAAACAUGGAUGUGAAGUGUCUAGAUUUGGAGCAAGGUGUAAAUGGCAUGGACGUUUCGACGGAUGUUCGAGUGGAAUCCUCUGGGGCAUCUACUGAGGAUGUCAUGAACACAUCGCCAACUGGUCGUGAGCACCCUGUGGCGCUGGAUGACGGCCAAGUGGUCAUGUUUGUUGACUGUGUGGAUGGCAACGUGCUGUCGCGUGUCCUGUCGUCCAUGUCCAACAGUGGUUCGGGCGGCAACGGCGUACUCGCCGACGGAGUGUUGCUGCAUGAUGCCCAGGGUACGUUUUCAGUAGCUCCCGCUGGUCAUAGUCAUGACCAUAGCACUAUAGAGGACGUGUCUAGACAGCCCCAGGUAAAGGAGAACUGCAUGCAAAUGUGCACAGCAGUGGACGGCAGCGACAAUCGCAACUUGGACUUCACCAAUGGCGGCUGUACAUUAUUGGCAUCGCCUUGCGCUACAUCAGCAACAAACACUGCCACUACGGAACCUGAGUGUGUGCAGAUCAUGGCCAAUGUGCUGCCUCGUGAUCAGGGCGUUCUGGAUUGUCUUGUCAACACCACCAGUAUCGACACCGGUGUCAGUGCGCAGGACAGUCCGCACACCGUGACCAGCAUUACAACGCCAUUGGUUUCGCCCACUGCCAUGGCUGCUGCUUCUGGUGAUGACGCCAUGCCUAGUGUUACCAUGGUGACCAGUAGUGUGGCUGCUACAGUACCUGUGGACAUUGCUAUGGUUGAUGUUCCUCAGUUAGACAGCCAGAUUUCCUCCGAGCUGACCGCCGUGCUGGAUCUAGACGUCAAGCCAGUGGUCGCAAACAGUCAGACCGAUGCAUCGCCAACCAUCUCUAGUCCCGGCCUGCAAACAGACGUUACUGCAACACCGCAGAGCGUUGCCUCACCGAGCACUGGCCAAGAGGAGCUGCAGCAGCUGCAGCAACAACAGCAGCAGCUACAGCAGCUGCAGCAACAGAUAAGCAGUGGCGGUUUGGUUAUGGUGACGUCGCCGAACCCGCAGACAGUGUUCACUGUUCAAUGGCUGUUCAGUCACUUUGAGGCCGCCGAACACAUGAGUUUGCCAAGGCACGCCAUUUUCACUUUCUACUCCGAGUGCUGUAAGCAAGCAAGUAUACAGCCUGUCAACUCUGCAUCGUUCGGCAAGGCAAUGCGGCAAGUGUUCCCAAACAUCAAGACAAGGCGCCUUGGUACUCGUGGCCAGUCCAGGUAUCAUUAUUACGGCGUUGGUGUUCGCACCGCAUCACCGUAUCAUGCGCUAAUGGAUGCUGCUCUGAAGAGCUGUACAGCGGACAGCAUACCUGCCAACAUCAAGCUUGAGGCAUCUGAGCCUGCUCCGGUAGCAGCAGUAUCAUCUUACCCUAGCAGCCCGUGCUCACCCAGCCAGUCGUCAUUACCUAUGGCAUCAUUGCCAUCAUCGCCUCUUCCGGGUUUUCCAGAACUUGCAUCACUUCAACUGCCAGGCGAGGUGUCCUCCGAGAAGGUGUCUCUAUGGCUUGUACUAUACAAGGCUCAUUGCCAGCGUAUUCUGGAUGCAGCAAUAGCCGAGAACUUCACGGAGGUAGAAAACUACAUUGUGAACUUCUGGGGAGGUCUACCGGAGAAUCUUCGCUCUCUGCUGACACACAAGUUACUUGCUGAUCUGAUCGGCGUAUGUGACUUUGCUCUCUACAAGGCUAUUCUCGCUGCAGUGGUGCCCGAUCCUUUGCGAACGCUGUCUUUGAGCAUGACGCAGGCGCUAAAGAACUUCUCGGUGAUGUUCAAGUCGUGGAUACUUGCAGCCAUGCAGCACUUUCCCGAGCCAGUUUUAAAGUGCAAGGUGGAAGUUGCCAAGGUGUUCUUAUCAGCGUUGAGGAGGAGAAUGUCUGUAUCGCAUCUGGCACAGGCCAUCAGCUCAAUUCUGCAGAGUUCGGACAGCGUGUGUCAGAUGCUAGUCGACUGGCAGCAGCUGCACAAGUCCAGCAUCGUCUACCAGUCCCUGGCAUGCUGUAGCAGCAAGGAUGAGCUGGACAAACACAUUCCGCUUUACUUGAGCUUUAUGGCAGAGUUUGAGGACCUUCUGGUUCAGCAGGCAGAUGUUCAUAGCUUCGCGUUUUGGCUGUCAUCGGUGGUGCAGCGAAUACUGGAAAAGACAAGCAACGAUGUAUUGACGAGCAGAGCGAACCUAUCAGCUAUGACACGGGCAUUCAUGAUGAGAUGGCAGUUUCUAACGUCGUGUGUAGUCCGUGACCUAACACUACAGAGUUCAGAGAGUUUUGGUUCACACCAUUUGCUGAGCAUGCUUCUCGGAGACUACCUCUUCUAUCUCCUGGAGAAGAAGCUGUUUGAAGUGCACGAGCAGGAGCUGAUGGCCAGUGUGCAGAAACAAGACACUUGCACUGGUGAGGUCGAAAGCGCACCAGUGGAAACUACGGACGCUAAGAUGACAGCAUCCUCCCCCGUUAGUACUGACAGCAAUGUCAUGGUACUGCAAGCCAGCCUGGAAUCAGUACUCAGGGAUGCGACAGCAAACGGAGAUCUAUCUUCUCCUGUGGCGAAUGCUCUUCCCAAUGGCCUGUCGACGGGACUGCUUCUGAACGGUAUCAGCGACCUAGCAGACACGAGCAGUAUUGAGCCUGUUGCAAAGUUGAGCUGUGGUGCCGCUCACUCGCCUGGUUCAGCCGUUGUUCGCCUUUCCGUGCCACUCAGCGUUGCGGCCCAGCUUCCCGUUACAACGGCAGCUGUUGCCACUAACACUGUGACGUGUGAAAACGUAACCAGCGGCGAUACAGCCACCACUCAUCUGCUUGAAGUGGCAGGCAGUAAAACUUCUCCAGGCAGUGCAAACGCAAUAUCGUCACUGCUAGAUCCAGCAAGUAAGAUGGAUCUCGAUGGCGUCGCGGCAAUUCCGCUCAGCACCACCAUGUCUGAAGACGCCGAUGCUGCGGCCACUGCUGCAGCUGUCAAUGACAUAUUGUAUGAGGCCGGCUUUUCUUUUCCAGAACUGUCCAUGGGCUCUUUAGCAGUGGAACCGGAAUAUUUCUGAACAAACUUUUGUCUAUGGUACGUAACUUUUGCCAGGGUAGAUAAUGUGUUGUCCCCUUGUCCUUCGCCUAUUUAAUGCCAUGCAUUUCUAGCAAUUAAUUUGCCACCUGGGUAGACUUUUCAAAUUCUGACUUUUAUUGUAAUAGCAUGGCUCGGAGUGAGUUAUGCGCCUGCGCUGAUCGGUGACUUGUGGGUGUCUCUGCACUUGCAUCAGCUUUGAUUGACUAUUCAGCUUCCUUUAUUUAUUAUAUCUUUUUUCCCUUCUCUUUUUAGGCCACACGUUUUUAUUUCUAUGUUUCUCGUCACCCGCGCGCAUACGAUUCAGGAGUCUGGAAGAAAAAAAGAAAAAAACUGUGCUGCACUGACUGUGCAUGUGGGGACCAGCACACUCAUGCACAUGUACAUAACGUGGCCUGGCCUGCGCAACACAUGAUGCAAGGACGGCAUGUUUGUGCGCAAUCUAGCUGCACAUGCACAGAUUGUGACAGAAGCUCCUACCACAUACUAGUUGCUAACUAUGGAUGCUAUUUUGCAUGGUGGUGUACGGUGUAUUGGUGGAUUUUAGUGUGAACAAAGGUCUAAUAAACUUUUUUUAUUUUUCGGUCAUUUUUUUAUUUUUUUCCACCUCUCGCAUACGUUUUUAGAUUUUCAGGUGACGAGAAACAUAGAAAUAAAAACGUGUGGCCUUAACAACUCUUUGUAAAUGCUGUUGUUUUCAGACCGAUGCUUACAGGCCUGCGCCAUGAGAUCAAUAUGUGCCCUUGACUUGGUCUGAAUUCGGAACUGUAUACUUUUUGCUCUUGUCAUGCAAGCAGCCGUGGUCACACGGCUGAACAUAGUUCAGGCAACUGCAAUUGUUAUGACUUGACC